AUGUCCGCAGUUUCGGGGCUAACGUCCAAAGGGGAGAACAAAUCAAAACAGAAGUACCAGUCAUUGAAUAUCAAUAAUCUAUAUAAAGGCAAAAGUCUUGAAACCACUAAGACAUCAGUUGCUCCCAAACAUGGUUUGCAAACGUUGGGUAAAGUGGGCGCCGGUCGGCGAAUGCCACCCCCGGCUAAUCUGCCAUCACUGAAGAGCCAAACCACUACCACUCCGAACAUCACAUUAGUUCCUACUGGAGGUCAAGGAUGGGGUUCUGGGAAAGAAGAGGACAGUGGAGCGACGCCUCCUUUGCAAACUUCAUCCUCUGGUGUCGACGCGACGCCAUUGAGUGCACAAAAGCCGAGCGCCGGGCCGUUGAAUCCGUUGACGACGUCAUCGACCGCUACAACCGAUACAAGUGUUGGAGCCAUUGCUUUAGGCUUAACGUCAGCCGCAUUGACAGCUCAAUCAAAGACAUGGAGCACCGUUACGGCCACCGCAGAGCACCCGGAAAGUGGUCCCGACAAGAGCUACUUAGCCCAACAGUCGCCGUUUUUUCCUCAGGAAUUCCCAAUUGUGUUGACAAUGAAAAGAAAGUUUUUAUUAAUGGACUUACAUUUGGAAAGUCGAGACCCAAACUCUGUUUGUUGUCAUACCAUUCCGCCCGUUCCUCAGGUCCGGCCCCCAACACAUAGUUGUAUCGCUUGUCUUUGUAUUCGGUCUCAGUGUAGGCCAACAGCAGGCGAAUGGGUUGUCCCAACUAUCGGUGCCAAUAAUAUUUAA